CCGACUUCGCGAUCGCUUCUCGUGUUCGCGGACGUGCGCAACUGCUCGGCCGGGUUUCAUUUCCAAGUUGGCAGCUUCCCGUGACGGGCCGCCGUUUCGACGCGCUUCAUUACGUACCCGGUUCGUGACUGUUUGUUAAGCUCACCAAUAUUCAUCAAACCACCGCAACCACACACCAUCGAUCGUUUAGGUGGUGCGUUUGCUGUUAAAAAAGGUUCAUAUUUAUAUUGCUAUAUUUCCCAUCACAGGCAACUCGUUUUGGGCACGUGCAAAAGAUGGGUGGGAGUUGUUGCUGGAUCUGGUGUUUAAGAACGUGAGUGGAAAGAAUUGUGUGCGUGUGUGUGUGUGUGUUGAUCGUAUCGUGUGGCAGGCUGCUUGCUGCGCAAAACAAUAGUGAGAGCAAUAGUAAUCGAUGGCCAUGGAUGGCUCCUAUAGUGAUUUUGUGCUAAUUGGGAUGGUGUGAAGUGAGCUGAAAAUUUCCCAUGCAAAGAAUGUUUUCAGGGGUGAUAGUGAUAGUGUUGUGGUGCGAAAAAAGAAAAUUCGCCUGUGAAAACCGACCCAUUCCACCCGUGCAUCGUAGCUCGAUCGACGUCAUGAGUAAACUCAACCAGUACACCAGUGACCUGCCAUCAAAUCGACUCCAUAACAGUGGUGACAAAAUGUGACGCUAUCAACAUCGAAUCUAAGUGCUGUUAGUGAAUAGUGCUCAAACCGAUCUUGAAACGUAGAGACGAGUGUUUCGCUGGGAGCUCCCUAUCUCUCCCCAAAACGGCCGCCAAAACUCUGCGUUUGUACGAAAAUGUCGCCGAGCCCGGCCAACGACUAUGUAACCGAAAGUGAAACCGGACGGCACAAGAUAAUCGUCGCUGUGACAAGUUUUGAGAUAGUUACGUAAAGCGUGACAGGCGCACCACAGAUCGCCCAGAAACGAAGACUGGCAAGGAACUUCGAAAAACCCUGGCGCACACACACGCGCCUCCUGCCACUUCCGCACGGUGCGGAAGUAGAGGGCGAGAAAGAAAGUGUCAGUGAAGUGAACGGAAACGUCAAGCCAACAGAGGGAUAAGAAAGAAAGCCAACGAUUUGAAUCCGAACUCGAAACUGUUUUUUGCGGAUCGUACAACGGGUGGGGACUAAAUGACGGCGUGACUGGCAACGAAACCCAGGGAAGCAUCCAGGGACAAGGUGUUCCUGCCAGGAGCAACCAUUAACUUCGGAGCGAUGGCGUCAAAACGGCCCGAGCGCAUGACGUCAGCCGGUCUGAUCUACGUGCGCCACUGCCUGUUGGCGUUUGCAUGGAUGACGAUCGUGCUGCAGUAUCCCGGUGCAGAUUGCCAAGAUCUCAACACACCGCCCGUAAUCGUGGUGGAUCGUCACUGGCGGAUACCGGAAAAUACGACCGUCGGCACGCUUAUAACGCGCGUCAAGGCGGAAGACAACGAGGACGAUAAGCUAGAGUUUGGGCUGGACGCACUGGUCGCCGGCCAGGAGCAACCGUUCGAGAUCGAUCCGCACACCGGGUUCGUGUAUCUCAACCGCAGUGUCGAAGAUCGGGCCGGGCAGAACUUUUUUGUCUACGUCACGGUCAGCGACGGAAGCGUUACGUCCAAGAACGAGAUUUACGUAAACAUCCUGAGCAAGAAUGCAACCGGUGUGUACCGAACGCGCGGGUCUCAGUUUACGCCCAGCAUCGACAACAUACGGCAGAUUUUGCCACCCGGCAUCAAUCUGCCGGGCAUAAGCUCGAGGCCUCAGCCACUGCCCCUACCACCACUGCCGCCACAGUUCACCAGAAAACCUCCGACUGUUAGUGAUGAUGUGGCCGGCCCUACUACACCUUCGCCGCCAUCCACCAAACAGACCAAAACCUAUCCAGAUCGACCGAUCGAUGGUGGAAAUGGAACAACGGCGACAGAGUUCGUUCCGCCACCGCACACAGCUGGCACCAGCUCAAGAGCACCCGGUGAAACAAAGUUGUCUCCUAUUCCACGAGCCAACAGCACUAUCGCUGCUACCCAUCCAACAAACACCGUACCUGCAGGAAGUACCACCGCCAAGCCGAUAGUCACCGGCUCGACGGUGCCGGUACACGCGCACCCGCACGAGGAAACAACCACCGUGAAGAUAUUGCUCCCCGUCAUCAUUUCCGUCGCGAUCAUCUUCGUCACGGCGGGCCUGAUCGCGGUCUGCUUCUUCCGCAAGUACCUGUGCGCGCUCAGCAAAACGCUGAAAAAGAAGAACAAAAUCGAUAAAGCCAAAAAGUCAAACCAAAGCAACGCCAGUAGCAACAUCACCUCCACCGCUGAGGAUAGCCGUAACUCGAUCGGGCUAAGCCACUGGACGGGACCGAUGGCGUUCAGCAAUCGGUACACAUCGCCCUGGGAGCGGGACUCGUCGGCCGGUGGGCAUCUGCAGGCCACCUCCCAGCUGUCGGAAGAGUCGAACGGUUCGAUCGUGAAGGAUCGGUGGGAGUUUCCGCGCCACCGGUUGAAGGUGUUCAACAUACUCGGGGAAGGUGCAUUCGGGCAGGUUUGGCGCUGCGAAGCGACCGACAUUGAUGGGCACGAGGGUGUUUCGGUGACGGCGGUGAAAACCCUGAAGGAGAACGCUAGUGAGGCGGAACGGAACGAUUUGCUGUCGGAGCUGCAGGUGCUGAAAUCGCUGGAACCGCACAUCAACGUGGUACGGUUGCUGGGUUGCUGCACGGAGAAGGACCCAAUCUUCGUCAUACUGGAGUACGUCAACAUGGGCAAGCUGCAGACGUUCCUGAGGAACUCGCGCGUAGAGAAGCAUUAUGGAAAUACUCACGGAAAGUCGAAGAUUCUCACAUCCGGAGAUCUCACGUCCUUCAUGUACCAGGUCGCACGUGGCAUGGAUUUUCUCACCUCGCGUGGAAUUAUUCACCGCGAUCUCGCCGCCCGCAACAUUCUCAUUACGGAAGACCAUACGUGCAAGGUGGCAGACUUUGGCUUUGCGCGGGACAUCGUCACGUCGAAGGUGUACGAGCGGAAGAGUGAAGGACGGUUACCGAUUCGCUGGAUGGCUACCGAAUCGCUGUACGACAAUAUCUUCACCGUCAAGUCAGACAUCUGGAGCUUCGGCAUACUGAUGUGGGAGAUCGUCACGUUAGGCUCGACGCCCUAUCCGGGCAUCGCGGCCGCGGACGUGAUGCGCAAGGUUCGUGAUGGCUAUCGGCUCGAGAAGCCGGAACACUGCCGCCGGGAGCUGUACAACAUCAUGUUCUACUGCUGGGCGCACGAUCCAAACGAGCGGCCCGGAUUCCCGGAGGUGGUCGACAUGCUCGACCGGUUGCUGCAAACCGAGACGGAUUACAUCGAGCUGGAGCGGUUUCCCGAUCACAACUACUAUAAUAUGCUCAAUAUGAGUGGCGAAAAGCUGUGAGCGAAUCCGUGGACGAGGUUCGUCCAUCGGCGGAGGCGCGAUGGUUCAUACUCAAAUUCUGCUACGGCCACAUCCCGCACCCGCACUUGCACUGGGUUCAGGUGAAUGUUUGCGAUUCGAUUGUGAUAAGAGCGACAUCGCGUCCUGGACUACUCGCAACAAGGCCGUUGCACAUUAUUUAUGGUGUGUUUCGAACUGCUUCCGAUUAAGAGAAGCAACAGAAAAGCAAAUCGAACGAAACAAAAAACAAUCUGCUGCUUGUUGACGGCAAUAGGCAGCUUGCUGUAACCUGAUUUUAAGAACCCAUUUCUAUCUGUACAUAUAAUACAUUACGCUGUAGAUUCGUCGAUCUAUCCCAUUUCCUUCAGUUUGUUCUGUUUGAUGCAGAAUAAGCACGCGCGCGCGUCCUGACACCGAGUUUUUGUUGUAAGCAUUUAUGCAGUUUAAUAAAAAAAAA